ACCGUGAUUGUUGAUGGUAAAAGUUUGAUACUGCUGAAAAAUACCUUGCCUGGAGUCUGUGCAUUUUAGUGGGCUGAUUCAGCUGCCAGUAAGAGAUACCUUACUUUAAAAUUGCAGAUUUGUAAGAAUAUUACUGAAUUCCCUAUAACCUGUGUUAUCUUGAAUUUUUUCAUCCAUAAAACUAAGCCACAUAAUGAAUAGUAUGGCUAUGUGAGCAUUAUCCUAUUGCUAGCAUUGGACUGCAUUUUGCAAUAAUGUUUUUUGCUAAUCUUAUCAGAUGCAAUAUUGAUUUCUGUACCUUUCUUUGUGAACUCAGUCUGAGCUGAAACUGGAAUGUCACUCCUAUAUUUCUUUGUAUUAUAAUUCAGUAAGUUAAUAAAAGGUAACAGAGUUACACUACUGUACAUUCUUGGCAGCAAACUCAAGAAGGAAACUGUUAUUUACUUUAACCUACAUUUUCUACACACAUGAUAUUGAAUGGAACAAUCCUACAUGAGAAGGAAGAUUAGGUCACCUAUUAACUUUGUCUUUCUGGCUCUUUCUAAUUACUCUAAAUCUAAAAAGGAUUUUCUUUUCAUUUUGUGGUAUUUGUUUAAUCUAGAAUUUAAUUAUUUUCUUUUUUUUCUAUCUUUUUAGUUUUCUUUUUUUUCGAUACUAGUUAGAAAUGUCAGACUAUUUUGUAGAGGCUACUUCAUUUGUGUACCAAAACAAGUUGAUUUUCAUGGGGAUUAUGUGACUCUGCACAUAAAUCUUUAUGUAAUUCUGCAUUAUGGAGACUUAUUUUCACGAUUUAGGUGACUUGAAAACAUGUGAUUUCACACACUCAGUACACUUCUUGGCUUUCCGAAGAGCACUGAGCGCAGAAGACAGGAAAAUAUGCUAAUAUUGAUACAACAGACCACAAAGACACUCUGUUUCCUUUUGUUUUGCAUUAUAUUCUGUGUGAGAGUAUUUAUUAUAAACAACAAGAAAGGGAGACAUGCACAUUUAUAAUAAAAUAUAGAGAAAUACACACUGAAUACGCAGAGCCCUCAGUCAGGGGAAGCCACAUAACGUAGAAGCAUCACAGCUGAAACCUGCAGGAACAGUGCUGUUUGAAUUAAGGUAAUUUAAAGGCCCAUUUAAUUUUUUUUCUGUUUAUUAAGAUUUCUUUUUCAGAUGCUUUCUCCCUGUGGGUUCUGCAGCAACUAAUUUUUUUUUAAAGCAGGAUAUUGUAUUAUUUUUAUUUUAAUAAUGCAUCUUUUGGGCACAUUUGCUUUCCUAUGAUAAUUUAAUAUAGGAGCUAAGCUCCCAAUUAAAAGUAAAUUAUUAGGAUUUGCAGUUAAUCCAGAAGUGAAGCAGAACACUAGCAGAAUUUGCCUGUGACUUAGGCCUUAUAUUUACAGCAAAGAACCAACUUCUCUCUCCUCCUUAAUAUGAAUAUUGGAAAUAGCCUGUUAUUUCCAUUUAUCAUUAGGUGGAGAUUAUUUUCACAUUUGUACUUGUAAUUGUUUCUAUUUGUGUAAAAUACAGACAUGCUGUGUGUAUUCAGUCUGGGAAAUGGUGAGUUCAUGUGCAGAUGAACUGCUGAAGUAUACCAGGGCCUGCAUAUCUUUAAUUCUGAAUUUCAUAAAUAUGGUAUAUGUUUAACCUAAUUUAUCAGCCACUGUUAAAUUUAGCCACAAUUUCUCUGUUGUCAUUUCAAAAAUAUAGAUGCAUAGAGUAGUUUAAUUUCCUGCUGUUUAAUUUCUGGCAUGCUGCAGAGGGAAAGAAGAAAUAUAGAAGCACACAGAAUGAUGACAAGUUCCCUGAAAAGCAAAAUAGAUAAUAUUUAUGUAAAUUUUAGUCUUCCCUAACUACUGUUUCACUUGGGUCUGAGUCCAACAGUUGAAUUUAUACUGGUUCCAAUACCUAGCCUUUCUAUUUUUGCAAAUUGCAUUUCAAAGCCUCUGUUAAGCUACAAUCAUAAUAGAAAGCAUCAACUGAAAAUUCCAGAACCUAAUAAAUAUUCAGAUGCCCUGAUUUUAUGAUCAACCACUUUUUUUUCCAAUUACAUAUUUCUCCAAGAAUUUAUAUUGGCUUUGUGAAACUAGAAACUUUUCAGAUAUGUAAAUCAAUCUUAACGUUACUGUGCAGUAUUCUUUAAAUUAAAUUACAGUACAGAUAUCAGAUUCUAGCAGUUCUUUUGCUGCAAUGAGAUAAUUUCUGGAGGCAAGACACCUGGCCAGGCUAGAGUGGUGAUUAAUUUUAUGUGUUUAGGGUGCAAUCAUCACUCAGAAAAAGGCUUAGGGUUUGGAUGAUGGAUGAUGGGUAAAGUGCAGGCUGAUAGGACAUGGCCCAUGAAUCUGUUCUACAUCAUCAGUUCCUUUGAUCACUGGCAGAAGUUCAGAGAUACUUCUUUGCAUCUGUCCAAAAUAAACAAGGCUACCAUAUACCUUUUGCAAUAUCACUUUUAAAUACAGACCUAUCUGGAGGGGAAAAAAAAAAACCUUUUAUUUUUGCAACAGUGGCUAAGGAAAAUAAAAAGUGAAUACUUCUGCUUGCAUUUACAUGCACAUUUACAGACAAGAUAGGUGAGUGUGUGUGUUCAUGUGCGUGUAUGUUUUAAUGAAAGAUGAUAGCAGAAAGCCAAUUUUUUUUACCCUGCAAACUGAUAUGUAUGUUGACAUCAGAGAUGGGAUUUAGCAUAGCUGCUGAAAAAGUGUGUUGCACAGCCUGUCAUGAGAAGAAACUCCUAAAUUACAGCAAUACUAUACAGCAUUUGUUUUUCCUUCAGUAAUGCUAGUGGCUACAAAUUGUUGGGAAUCUUUCUCACUACUGAUAGGAGAAUGAACUAUGUAGCCAAAAUAAUUCUGAUAAGUAAUUCUGAAGUGUUUAAGGGUGAAAAGAUAGAGAGGAUUUGCGCCAACCUCAAAAAAGAAUAUUUCUGUGUAUCUCAAUUAGGAAAGUACAAUUUGAUAAUUGAAAGCAAAAGCUUCUUUAUCAUAUGAUUUCUACUUUUCUUUACCCAAUGCUGUCCCCUGCAGGGUGUAAGAAAUCAGAUCACAGAACUAUUCAGAGGCUAAAAAAAUAAAUAAGUUAAAAAAAUCCAAGAGUAAAAGAAAAAGAAAUAGCUGAAUUAACAUCAUGUCCUCUCUCAGAAUUCAUUAUCAUGCCAGCACGGUUUAUAAUGUAUACUUUCAGAAGCUUGAGUGGGUGCUACAAGAGGCAUUCCUUGAAAAAGUUCUCUCAUAUCUUAUUGCAUAUAUGCAACACUUCUUUCCAUAGGUGUUAUGAAUUCCUAGCGCUCAUGAUGAUAUUCUGUCUGUGGGCAGUAAGAUGUUAGUCAUUUCUUUAUAUGUCUCAUCAGCUGCACUCGAACCUGGAAAUCAAACAGAACACACAAAUUAUAAAACUAUUGUAUAUCUCAAUGGACUUUCUUACAAUUUUAUAGAAUGGGAUAUAAAAAGUAUGCAAAGACUAUGCUCCGUAUAUGUGGAACAGGUAAAACCACUACUCUGUUUAAAAGACAAGCAACUUUCUCAUAAAUGAAAUACUGCUCCUUUCAAAAAUGACAUAGAAAGAAAUAAAGAAGUGUAAGAGCGGCAGAACUGGUUAGAUUUCAUUCAUAAGAUCAUCUCUGUACUAAACAAAACCAAAACAUAAUAUAGAGCUUAUAAAGCUCUGGGAGCAUUUGUUAUCACAUAGAUGUCAAAGACAUAUUAUUACUCUCUCCUUUCUCAAGUGAAAAACACUAUUUUAUCUGACUAAGUGCAAAUACCAAAAUGUUCAUUAACUCGCUUGAAACACCUUGGCUUGUCUUUAUUGAGUUGCAUUUCAUCCAUAGCCUUUGCACCCGGGGGCACAUAAUAAUUUUUUCUGCACAAAGGGUUUCUCAAGAGAGGUAUGACCGUUCCUUUUCUCCCCAGAGUCUAAAUGCAUUGCAUCAUCUCCUAUCAUACUUACAAGCCUGGGGCCCAGGAUGAGGAAUUGUUUAGUAUCUCCAAGCCUAAGCUUCCCACGUAGCAGAUCAAAUUGUUGUUGCUCUGCCACUGCGCUGACUCAGUACUUGCUUGCUUGAUUUAAAGCACAGUUCCACUGUGAAAAGUUAUUGUGAAAAUGGUAUUUUCUUCCUCAGCAAAGCUAGUUCCUACGUGUAUGAAGAAUUAUACGUGCUGACUCAAGUGACAAACAUGAGUAUUUACUGCUUCUGGCUCUUGCCAACUCUGCAGAGCAAAGGUAGCAGAGAGAAAGAGGGUUGGAGUCCAUUUAAUCUGAACACGUUAAUACUCUUUUCCAGGCUUCUGUGUGUUUACCCCUUUUCAAAUCCAGUGAGAACAAUAACGUCCCAGAGCUGUUUAUAGGAGCAUAAUUUGGACUUUACUGCUAGUGACUAGCCAUAGAAAGGAAGGAUCCUUUCAUGGUCUCUCAGAUCCCACAGUGUGUAUGGUAACUUCACAGCUUUGCACUUUUCCAAGCUUGCGUUUUACCUAUGGCUACUUUUUAUGGAAGUUUAUGGAUGUGGCAGAAGAUUAUUUUUGUGACAUUCUGGCUUUGUAACUUGUCUCUUGUAGUAACAUCACCUGUGACUAUUCAAAGGCAGUGGGAAAAUAUUAGGUCUUUUAUCAGCAGUUAUUGCUUCUUUUAGAAUAAAGUAGGGUGCCAAUUUCUUUCUAUUGUCCAGAUAGCUAUAGUACUUUUGGAGCUAUCUGCUACCUCAAUGUUUUGGACUGUUAGUGCAUGGCACUGCCCUUCAGUGACUCUGUUAUUUCCCACUGAGCCUUUCUUACAGUUAGUGAAGGUUUUCUCAUUUGGCUGUCCUACACAGUCUGUAUGAGAAACUACAAAGGGACUUCACAAGGAAUUAUGGGCCGAGUGUUGGUUUUAGCAUGUUUGCAGUGUCCAGCUUUAUUGCUUUAGCUUGUCUAAUCCAGAGAGAGCAGUUGUCUCUCUUUUUCAGUUUCAAGGUGACACGGAAGCUUGUGUGAGAAUGACUUGGGCUUAUGUUCCAUCUGAGAAAUGCAGUGGUUAGAGCAGGCAAAGAAGCACGCAGAUUUGCUUGAAUAUUUCAGCUAUUCAAAAGAGAAUUUUUAGCCAUCCUCUUAUAUUCCUAUUGGCUACCAGAUGAUCAGGUAGCCAGCAGUGUGUGUUGGUUCUUCUCAUUGUCUUUUUUGCACUGCAAUAGGAAUUGCGUCCUUUGCAGAGCUGUUUGAGGGGGACUGAACUUUAAAUCCAGUAGAACUGAAGUUGCUACGCAAUAUGGCAGCCUGCUUAAUUAGUGCCUUACUGUGUGUUUUUGGAGCAGAAAAAGCAACCAGAUCACUUUUAAAUGGAAUUUAUGGUUACCAAAUUCCCAGACUGCCCUACCCAAAAGAGAGUGGCCAUCAACAGUCCAUGCUGUGGUACUUGAAAUAAGCAGCAGUCCCUCUGCUGAAACAUCCUCAUCACUGGGAAGAGGAGAAGGAGGUGACAGCUCUGAAAUUUACUGCCCACAUUGGUCCAAAAAAGUCAGCUCGUGUUGGCCUCAGGGUAUGCUGUAAACCCUUUCUACAGUCUACGUAUCUUGGGACUAUGACUAGGUUUUCUUUUAUUAGAGUACAGUCUUAACAGACGGUAAAGUUAGUGGCACCUAUACCUUUGGUAUAGGCAGUUCAAUUCUAGAAUGAAUAUGUGUAAAUAAAAAUGAAACCUCACAAUUAUGCUUUAUACAGUCCAUUUUGUACACUUCCGAGGAACACUUCCUUUUCUCCAAACAAUUUUUAGAAAUGGUUUAACGUUCUCAUACUGGAAAAGAGAAGAGCUCUCUCCAACCACUACAGAAUGAAAAGCAGCUACAAAAGCAUAUAUAUAAGGCAACUAUACGGAGCUUACCUCCUAGUGAAAGUUAGCAUACUUUCUAGGUCCCAGCACUUAGAUGAUGUCUAAACCUAUCCAACAUGAAAUUUGCCAGAAAUCUUUGUGAAAAACUGGUCUUUGACUUGUGUCUUAAAAUAGAAACUGAAAGCAUUUAAGUUUCCAUCUAAUAUGAGGUUAAACAACAAAACAUCAGACAAUUCUCUUAAUUUGCCAUUAAGUAACAGCAUAACACAAGGGCAGUUACGUCCAAGGACCCUGAAGAGAAUCCAUAAUCCCACUGGAUGAUUACCCUUUUCUGGGAGCCCUGUUGUCAGGAGCAGGUCUGGCUCAAGGGAUAACAGGAACUUGAAAUAAAAGUAAAUUUGAAAAAUGCAUAUAUACACUACAGAUACAUAAACCUGACAAGCUUUAGAAGCUGUCUGAUAACUUUCUACAGAGCAGCUUGAUACUGUUAUUUUUUAAUAUUUAUGUUUGCUUUAGCACACAGCAAACCAAUCAUGUUACUCUGCUGUACUAGCUAUUUUAUAGAAGUAGACAAAGACAUGUAGGAGCUUGGAAUUGUUUAGUCUCCUGCAAACACUUAGCACACUCUUCCAUUGAGGUCUGAAGUUAUUGUGACUGCUGAUAUGCUUAGACUUUAUUCUUUAACAGAAUCUGGGUCUAAAAAUUAUAAUAAAUACUCUUGCAAAGAUCCAGUACCAAAAUAUUUCCUUCUUGAACAAUCUCUUCAUAAGUUUAUAGUAUCACCAAUAUUAAAAGUUUUCUGUUCAACAACAUGUUCCACAUGAAGAGAGACUUGGCUGGGAGCAUAUAUAUCCCUUCUAAUUAUUGCAAACAUACUCAGUUAAAUCAGUAUAAAAUUAUCUUCCAUGUUGCUAUUGGGGAUCAUUCUGCUGUAUUCAUUUGGAUGUCAAAGUGACAGGCCAUUAGCCUGAGGGUAAACUAAUUAUUUAAGGAACUUUUCUUGUUUUGUACAAUGAAGAAAUAUUCUUGAAAAUACAACACAAACAUAGAUAUCUGUGUCAGAUGAUGACAGUUCAUUUUUUAAAUAUGAAAAUGUAGUUUUAGCAUUCAAAUAGUCAAGACAGUGGUAAUUUAGAAUAAAACAAGAACAACAGUCAUUAAAUGGCUGUGUUUCUGGACUUAGAUUGAUGCUUAACACAUUGAUCUUCAAUAGAAGCUUUCCAUAUUCCAUCUGUUAGAAUCUUUGACCUUUUCUUAACACCAUUAAAAGAUAAAAUGUUAAUCUACUGAAAAAAGAUACAUGACCUUUUAAAAGUGAACUGUACCACUUUACAGUCUGCCAUCAUUAAAGAACUUUAUGCUCAGGAGCGAUGCAUUAUGUGUAUCAUAGCAAUAUAAUUGUUUAGAAUAAUGUAAUUGUUCAACCAAGAAGAUAUAUACCAUGCAUAACAAAAAUUAGAACUAGAACUAUGUGAACUUUGAAAAACCCAAUCAAAAUAGCAUGGCAGAUCAAGGCUUACUUUCAGUUUCAAUCAGCCUCAACCCCAAAAUUAUUUUUUUAUUAAUAUGCAUGCCCAGGAGACGUUGCUUUAAAAAAGAAAAAGAAUAGUACUUUGUGACAAACGAAACUAUCAUUGGCAAGUGAAGAUGCUUAACUUCCUGUGUUUUAAUCACCUAUUUUUACCUUUUCAGUGUAAGGAAAUAAAUGUGGAACUAAUAUUUUAAAUUGUAGUAAGGCGUUUUAGUAGCAACAGAAUGCUUAAAAAUGGCACUUACUUGUUUGUGCUAAAUCUGAAUAGCCUUAAACUAGAGUUCCUAAUAGCAAUGGCCACAAUUCAGAAAAGCAUCCAGUUCAGCAAAGUACUUCAGAACACAUUGAGUUUUGAGUACAGGAUAAUUUCAUUCCACUUCAAAUUGAGCCUCUGUUUUCUGAAUCCUGACCAGAGAGAACAAACUGAGUACACGAGACAGGUUCAGCUCACUUAACCUCAUCUUCUGAUGAGUUCUGUACUUCAGAUGGAGCCCCUCAAAGUAAUCUGAGAGUACAGCCAUCUAAUUAAUGAUGUGUCUAUGUAAUAACUGCAUAACAAAUGACAAUAGAAAGUCCAAAUGUCUUCUUCGUUUGAAUAUGUUGUUCUACUAAAAUUUUUUUUAUUAGACAGGAUAAAAAGCUUUUCUACAGAGAGGAAGGCUCAUAUUCUUCUAAUUUCAACAUAAGUUUCACUGAAGUCCUUAACUUAGUCCAUUUUCUCCAGCAGCAUCAACGAGCUUAGGCUGGAUGAUUGCUUGGAGUAUCACCUGUAUGAACUUCUAUAUGUCAUUCAGUGGAAUUUACUCCUAAGUAUACCACAGAGCAGCUGUCCGCAGCCAGAAACUCAUCAUUCACUCUCUGAUCAGCACAUACAAUUUUGGUAGCAAGAUGAGGUCGUUUGUGCAGACAGAGUUGAUGCCGGGUGAGCCAAUGACUCCAUGAUAACUCAGAGAAAUGCGUCUGCAGAGAAGCGAGCUGGCCUUGCUUCCUCACGUGCAGAAAGGGGAGCAAAUGAAAGCUGCGUGGAUCAAACCGGUGCACAUCGGGCUCGGUAUCCCAUCUCUCAACGCGACCAGCUCCGCAGCCUCGGAGGAAGAUGCCAGAAACCUCACGUGUAUGGAGCGUCCAACUUAUCGAUGAUGUUCUUUUUAAGCUGCAUCAGACAUGACUGGGGGGGAACGAGGGCUGGCUUUGUUUACACACAUGCCUCUAUUCAGGUGGAUGGAGAGAUACAUAAAAAGAUAGAUAGAACUGACAUAAAAUUUAUCCUUGGAAAAAUCUGUUUUGCUUUGCACCGCUUUGGUUGCAGGCUAUCAAGGCGUGCGCUGGCCGGGGUUGGCGUCCCCCGGGAGCGGAGCGCGUCCCCCCGCUUCCCGCACGGCGGGGCGGCGUGGGCUGAGCCUGCCGCGCGCACGCCGGGCGAGUUGACACCUUGCAGAGCUGAAGCCUCGAAGUGCACCCCGGCUUGCAAGCUGACUUCUGCUCAGGCUGGAUUUACACCCUCCUCCUCUGCACAGGGAACGGCUGCUUGCGCAGGAGCAUCAUCCCCCGAAUUUAUACUUCAACAGUGCCCUGCAAGAAGACUUUCUGGCACUGAGGGCCUGGUUUCCACAAGCAAAAUCCAGUAUAAUCUUGCGCAGAACAAUACAAAGGCAAAAAAAAGCUAUUAAGUGACUUGCCCAGCAUCCCGCAGGAAGUCUGUGGCAGAAAAGAAAAUAAGAACUUGAAGGUCCUGAAACUCAGGAAUUUAGCCAUUAUGUGUGUAUUCCCACGUGUGCUCUGCCCACUGCAUUUCCAGUGUACUUCAAGUUUGCUCUGCUGGUACUUCUGCUGGACCUGACUGACCGCCACAUUAUUCCAGUAUUAAGUAAGCAUAAUCACGCAGAAGACACUCCAUUACACCCCGACGUUACCCUACCUUGCUGCUACUUCCACAACGGACCCAGAGCUUAUUUUCUGGAUGUGCUUACUACAAGUUUAUUCAGUUUUUUACUUUUUAUAUUUAUUUCAGGAAACAAUAGAUUGAAUAAAUAAAUUACACAUUUACCAUUUUACUACUGUAAUUUCCAGUUUACACUGCUAUACCUUCAAGAGUAUUAGAUUGAUUUAAAUUUGUUAUAAUGCAGUAAUCGGCUGAGACUGCUUCUAGUUACAUGAAAUUGAGCCUAUCAUUAGCAGCUCAAAUGCAGUUACUCAAAAAAAUAAUUAAGUAGCUCGAAAUGUUUGUUUGUGACCAGGAGCACAUAUGCCAUUCAGUCUUUAAUACCUUUCUUUUGAUACAAACAGAAGCAGGAGCCCUGGUGCUUGUAGUUCACUGAAGUGGCCAUUUCCUUAUAACCUUCCUCUUGUAACAAUGUUUAUUCAGUUAUCAGGGAAGAAAUAUCAUUUGUCCAUGCAGCUACAAUUACCUAAUUUGUUGUAUAAAUUAUUACUUUUUUUUCUCAUCUAAUGUUGAUGACAGAAUCAUUUAAUAGACUUUCAGUUGCUCAAGCUUGAAAAUUGGUUCCACAUUCUCCCCUUUUUUUUCCAGUUUUCCUCCCUAGGGUGAGUGCAAUGUGGUCUAAAUACAAUUUCUAUCACGCUUUUUUCUUUUUUAAACAUCUGCUUGUAUGAGGAUGUUGUUGUGUACAUUAGCGCUGUAAAGUUUAGCACUCUUCAGGGCUACCUUUGGCUCGCAGCUUCCUUGUUCCCUGGGCCAACCAUAAUAUAUCAGGAACCUCCGAUAUUUCCUAUCUCAGCACUCCUCAUAACUCUCCUGCUCAGCUGUCUGACGCUGUUUUCUUUAGGAAGUCCAAAGUGAGGGGGCCUGGUUGACCUGGCAUCGGUCCUAUUUGUAAGAAUAAAACCUCUUCCCUGUCCACCUCUGGAAGGUUGUCGUGGUGGGGUCACAUCCGCUGCGGUUAGAGCUAUCGCGCCGGUGUCGGGACAUGGCCACGUAACCUUUAUUGUCCUCUCCUACCCUUUUGUUUGAAGUAUAAAACCUACUCAGCUGGUUUUCUUCAAAGCUAAGGUUAAAGGAUUUGCAACUGUGUCUUUGCUGCAUAAUUAAUUAGGAAGGAAAAAAACCCAGCUAUUCUCACGUUCCAUAUAUUUUUGCAAUAUGUUUGUUUGUUUAUGUAAAAUCUGUAUUUGCUUUUUAAUUUUCUGUCUCCUGCUCUAACUGCUGAAAUAAAUGCCAGGCAGGCGUGUUGGCUUAGUGUCGAA